AUGGCUUCAUCCGUUUCUCGAAGUUUACGUAUUCGCAGCUUCUAUGGCUCCCUUACUGCUCAAUGGCGUUUCAAUAGACCCUCGUUUCACAGCCUUCCCGAAAAUUCCCCUACUUUCCCAUUGGAUUUUUGCAGAGAUGAUCAAUACGGAAAGUACCCAGCUUUUGCUGCAAUCAAUUUCAGAUUUUUGUGCACGACUGCCACUGGUAGCAGUAUUAAUCCAUCAAAUUCAAAUGCGCCUGGAACUGGAACAUCGGAUAGUGGAUCGUCGGAGGGUAAUUCUGGAAACAGUAAUGAUGGCAAGAGUUCUGGUGGAUCGCAAGGGAAGCCUGUUCGCGGUGGGCCUGUUUCGUGGAUGAGCUUCUUUUUGCUUCUUUGCACGGGAGCGGGAUUGGUUUACUACUAUGACAGGGAAAAGAAGCGGCACAUUGAAGGAAUAAAUAGCACUUCAAAAUCUGUGAAGCAGGGACCCUCUGUUGGGAAAGCAGCUAUUGGGGGUCCAUUUAACCUCAUCGACCAUAAUGGGAAAGCUGUAACUGAUAAGAACUUUUUAGGGAAAUGGAACUUGAUUUAUUUUGGCUUCACUCACUGCCCUGAUAUAUGCCCGGAUGAGCUACAGAAGCUUGCUGCUGCAAUUGAUAAAAUAAAAGAAAAAUCUGGAAUGGAAGUGGUGCCCAUUUUCAUUUCAGUUGAUCCAGAAAGAGAUACCGUUGAACAAGUUCGUGAGUAUGUCAAAGAAUUUCAUCCAAAGUUGAUUGGGUUAACUGGUAGCUCAGAUGAAAUUAAGAAAGCUGCGCGUGCUUAUCGAGUGUACUAUAUGAAGACAGAAGAAGAAGGUUCAGACUACCUUGUUGAUCACUCGAUAGUCAUGUAUCUGAUGGACCCAAAUAUGCAAUUUGUCAAGUUUUUCGGGAAGAAUGUAGAUACUGAUUCACUUGCAGAUGGCGAGAUUCCGCUUCCUUGUGGAAAAUUGAGAAGUGAAAACAGCAUAAUCUUGCAACUGGGUUUUCUUGUGCUAAGUUGCAGAUGGCGUAAUUCAAGAGAUAAAGCAACACAAAAUGGAAAAAGCAUAAUUCUUCAUUCUUCUGCUUGA